AUGUUCAGUGCCAGUAGGUUUAAGAAAAAAAUUGGGUUGAAAGUAGAAACCGAUAAUAUCGAUGAUUAUAAAAGGGGUAUCAAGGCCAAGUAUGGCGAUAACGAGAAAGUAAGUGAAUCAAUUCCUUCUGAAUCAGUUUUGAUUUCCGAUAGUAGUAAAGAAAGUAGUAAAGAAGAACUUAAAGAGAAGAAUCCUUCGAGUGAGUCAAUCAGUUCAACAUCUUUAGACGAACCAAUUUCUCCUAGAAAGCUCAGCAAUAAAUUAAAAUUUACUCCUUCCCAUUAUGUCAGAAAUUCAAUUUAUAGUGAAAAUUUCGGUCUUGGAUUCAAUAAUAGUAAUGUUAAGAGUAAGAACAAGAACAGUUUCACCAAUUUAAUGAAUGAAACCAAUAAAGUACCACCGGAGUUGUCUCCAAUUUUGACCUUAUUUAAUUGUCAUAAUUUUAGACAUUAUUGUAAUGGAUUUUUCGACAUCAAGAUCGGUGAACAAUGGGUUGGUGUUGAAGCUAAAUUAACCGGUAAUGAAUUAGCUAUUUGGUCAAAUGAUGAAUUUAAUCCAAAAUAUUUCAACUUGUUCGAUUAUAAUAUCAAUUAUGAUUUGGAAAAUUUGGUUAUCAAGUUUUCUAAUGAUUUCAAUGAAAAUUUCUAUAAUUUGAUUAUCAAAUUGAACGAUUAUCAAGAUUUCGUUAAAUGGUUAGCUAACUUUUAUUUAUCAAAUUUUGAAAGAAUUUCAUUAAAUGAAAGUUUUACUGCUGUAACAUUAUCAUUGAUUGGAUCUAAAUUAUCAGAUAUUCAUACUUUAUUAUCUAAGAAGAAGUAUCCUAAAUCUGAUUGGUACAACAUAAGAUUACCUCAAGUUAAUCACAAAUGGUUGAAAGUAUUUAUUAUUGUUAAUCCUUCAACUUCUAAAAAAGAUGGGAAUAUUGAAAUUUAUGUCAAUGAUAAAUUAGGUAAGAAGAAUUUAGUUGGUUAUAUCUCAUCAUUAACUAACAUUUAUAAUAUCUUCCCUGAGAAUCCAAAUAUGAUUGAAUAUAAUUCAAUUAUGAAAUUAAAUGGUGAAGUUUUCAUCAAUAGAGAUUUCGAACAUUUAUUUGAUGAAACUUUCCAUGAAGAUGUUAAAGUUACUCCUCCACCAGGUUAUAAUGGUCACAGAAGAACCACAUCACAAUCAUCAUUCUUUUCAGUUUCUUCAUCUCCACCUUCAACUCCUAAAAUCAAGAGUUCUUCCCGUUUUAUUAGAACCAAUUAUAUUUAUUUGAUGCCAAAUCAUCAUCCCGGAGUUCAAGAAAUUGAAACUAUGAUAAGAAAUUUAAUACCAAUUAUGGAUUGUUUCAAAUUAUAUGGUAGACCAAAACAAUUGAUUUCUGAUAAAUUACAUAAAGAUAGUUUACUUUUCGGAUUACCAAGUUUACCUCAUUAUCAAUAUUUACCCAGUGAAGAAAUUUAUGCCUUAUUAGAAUUGUUUUUAAAAGAUUCCAUCAGUGAAAAUUGGUCAUUCGAUGAUUGGUAUAAACAAAUUAAGACCGUUUUAGAAUAUAAGUCAAAUAAUGAAGAUUAUCGUGGUAGUGGGAAUAUUUUAGAUUUAUAUAAAAGUUUGGAAUUGGAUGAUGAUGAUAUUAGAAGUAUUAAAUCCGUACCUUCAAUCAAUUUACCUGAAUCAGCCUACCCUGAUUCUCCAACAACUCCUCAAAGAUCACCUUCAGGAUUUGAAGAUAGAUUUUCUACUCCAAAUAAUUUGGAUUCAACAUUGAAUAGUCCUAAGCUGGUUCAUUCGUUCAAAUUUGAAAAUUUCGAAAAUUUGAAUAAUAUUGAACUUAAAAGUCCAGUUCAAUCCUUAGGAAGAUUUGAUGAAUAA